AUCCAGUAAUUUUUCAUCGUAUUUUGAAAGCAGAGUUUAAUGUUAAAUUCACGUUUUUUCAACACGAUACUUAACAAUCUAAAAUCUUUCAAGUUAUGUGAAGAAAAGGAAUAUUUUUUUUAUAUAAGCUCUGAUUACCAGUUGCUUUGGACUUGUUGCACAUUAUUUGCUCAAAAUGAAGUUCAACUAAAUUUGCUUGAUUAUAUUUACGUUCGUAUAUGUAUUUUGUUAAUUUAGAAUGACGACGAACAUACCGAGAAGCUGUUGAAUGAUUUGAAAGAUAGUGAAAAAAAAUUGGUAGACAUCUUAGAAGGGCUUGAAACUGAUAAUCUGCAAAAUGGAGAUAUUCAGGUUUAGAGUAAACGAUUUUGGAAUUAUUGGAUCAAUUCUGACGAGACAACCACCCUGGAGGUUUGAGGAAUACGAAAGUUCAGGCCCAUCGAAACAUUCAAUGAAAAUAUUGUUUCCCCAUUGUACGGACUAAGAAUAGGUAUAACCACACAAAGAGUUGGAAGAAAUAGAUGAUCAACUAGUUUUGAGGAUGAUCUGCGAACGUUUACACUGGAUGAAAGGCUUUUCGCAUAUGUGAAGUUGUCUGUCCUUUAAUUUCCGCUGGCACGACCAUUGUACAUCAAACUUGUCUUUAUAUUGAUGGUGGAUAUGCCACCGGUGCCAACAGCAUCCACCAACGUUCGGGCUCGCUUGAUCCACGAUAGUCUCACCUCUACACUUUAUCAUUUCUUGAAAACGACAGUUUUGUGUGAGAAAAUGGAAGAAGAAAAGAUUGAAGUUAUUCUACAGCAUAGGAAUGGCGUGAAAUUUAAUGUUUUUUAACACAAUGCGAAAUAAACAGCAUCUGAAGGCAAGUGAGCUUGAGGUGGAAGAGGUUACAGACUUCAAUCCACAUUUAAACAGGAAGAAUGAAAUCAAUGUGGGAAAUUCUAGACAGGAAGCUGAAUUUCUUAAGGAACAGCAGUUGACCUUACUACAAUUACAACAAAAGGCUGAGAACAAACUUAGAGAUGCCAGGAAGAUUAGUGGAAAUUUGUUAGCUUUUCCAGGAAAUCAAACGAAUUGUGUUUCAAACACAAUGACCAGCAAUGGUUAUGAUGAUUUUGACGUGGCUAUAAGAGAACUGGAAGAGAAAACGAAAACUUUAGGUCCCACUGCAUCGGCUAACAAAAAGAUGCAAGAAAACAUCGUAGCUAGAGUGGAAAGCCUCCAUAAUCAAAUUGUCAGCAUGCAUGAUGCGAACGAAGAACGGGAAAAAUUGAUUGAGGCAUUAGAUACGAGAGAUGCAGAGUUGAGACAGCAACAGGCAGAGUUACAUUUUAAGCUUGUUGAGUUACAAAAUAAGAAAUCUCAAGUAGAUCAGCUUGUUACUCAGCUUCAGACAUUUGCUAAUGAGGAAGAAGAAGAAGACAUAGGUGUAAAAGUAAGAAAUAUUGUAACAAUGAAAGAUCAGUUAAACAAGUUGCAAGACAUGCUGGAAGUAGUGAAAUCGGCUGAAACUACUAUAAUCAAUUCAAACGCAUCCUCUGAGGCUCAAGCUGCAGCCAUGGAUACUUGUUUGAAUAUAGAGAGCAUAUUAGAGAAGGAUAAUCAGAAACCGAGAUUAAGGUCUACCGUGUCCAACGAUAGCAAUGUCUUGAGGUAUGACAACGACACUAGUAGUGAAGGAAGGAAUAAACAGACUAACAAGAAUAAAAAGGAUCAGAUACUUGGACGCCAGAAAUCAGCACUGCAAUCCGAAUUAGAAAUAAAGAAGAGGGAACUUGAAGAACUAAUGGGAAAACAUAAAGAUGACACAAUCUUUACUACUCAUGCUUGGGAUUCUCAGGAACUAGGAACCCAGAUAAAUAAUGUAUCCAUUCUAAUGAGUGCGGGAUAUAACUUGAAGCAGAACGUUUGUGUCAAAUUCCCUGGUGUAUAUGUGGACUCCAAGCUCUCGUUUGUGAGCCAAAUUGAACGCAUCGCCAAAAAAAUAUCAUGUCAUUAAUUUGUCAUGUGGCAGCUCUGGCAGCAACUAUUAAAAGUAUAUUACUUCGCACAUGUUCAUUCAACCUCAAGUUACUGCAUAGUAGUCUGGGGCGGAUGUCAUAGAAUUUAUUAUCCAAAAAAGAAUUAUUAGGACCAUGCUCUACAAAAAUUCGCAAUAUCCUUCUAGAGAUCUAUUAAAAAAGUUGGGCAUAAUGAUGGUGUACUCCUUGUAUCUUUCAGGGAUAAUUAUAAUCGAUAUCACUAGAGAUGAUAUCAUUAGCACAUAUAAUCUCCGUGCGAAUUUCAAUAUUGUCAUAUCCAGUCAUAAGCUUGCUUGAUCAUGCCGAUAGGAUUGUUCAACCACUUUUACACAAUUGAUGAAUAUCUGUCACGGCCAUUAUGAUUUUAAUGAGUUUUGAUUUUAACGUGUUGUGAUGUGAAUGUGCCUCGAUUAAUGUCUAUGUGUAUAUAUUUUUUUAUGUAUAUCUUGCUGUUCAUUAUAGAUUAUAUACUCUACUCUUUGACUAAUUCGAAUUUGUAAUUUAUAUAAUUGACUUACUUCUAUACUUGUUAGUCAGUUCUGAUGGAAGAUCAAUAAAGGUAAAGUUUGGAUCUGAUACUCUUACA